AUGAAGUCUGUCAUCCUCGCCGCUGCGCUGGUCGCAUCUGCCUCUGCCCAUGGCAUGGUUCGCUCCAUCCAAGGUGCUAAUGGUGUUGAGAUGCCCGGUUUGACUGUCGCCGAUGGCACUCCCCGUGACUGUUCCUCAAACGGCUGCGGCUCGCAAGCCGACUCGGCCAUCAUCCGUCAAAGAGAGAUUCGCUCGGGCGAAGCAUCACCGCUGGGCCGCACACAGGGUGCUGGACCUGUCUCAGCCGCUGACGGCAUUGCCACAUUCAUGGGAUCCGGCAAUGGAAAUGGGACUGCUCGUCCUGCUUCCGCAGCCAGCAUUGCCCAGGACCUCGCUGCGGAUCCAGACAAGCGCAAGCGCUCCAAGAGCCGUAGCAUGAGAGUAAGACAGCUGGGUGCCUCUGAGAAUCUGGUCGGCCAGAUGGCUGGAACUGGCGCAGAGAGUGGUCUGCCCACUGCCAGCGACAAUGGAGAGGUCACCAUGACUUUCUACUCGGUCAAUGCUGACGGUGGCGGCCCUCUCAACGCCAUGAUCGACCCCACCUCCGGCGGCACACAAAUGGGCGCGUUCGAGCAAGCGGAGGUUACUCAGGACGUUCCAGGCUUCUUGGGUUUCGGUCGUGUGACCAUGAGCGAGAACCCAAUCACUGUCCAGAUGCCCGCCGGCAUGACCUGCGAGGGCUCCGUCGGCGGCGCAGACAACGUCUGCAUUGUCCGAGUCAACAACAACACACCUGCUGGACCGUUUGGUGGCGCUGCUGCUUUCACUCAAAGCUCUGCCGGCCGCAAGCGGGCUUUGGAGUAUCGACGAAAGAUGAAGCGCAGCCAGUGA